CUGCGCUUGUGUCUCCCUCUAAUUCUCUGUCUUCCUCUCGACUCACGGCCGAGUCACGCCUCCUCUCUCCCUCGAUUCUCACCGCGGGCGCCGGCGCCCCUCAGUGAGGGGAGCCAGCAAGGGAUAACACAUCUCCUUUUUGGUAUCUUUUGCGCAGGCUUAUUUACCAUGGUUGCUCUUGAGAGCAUUGAUGUUAGAGAAAAUGGUGGUAUCGAUGAAGAGGAAACACAUAUAAGAGUUGAAGAGAGCGACUCUUCAGAGGAUGAGGUUCCUUCUAGAAAUACUAUUGGAGAUGUCCCACUGAAAUGGUAUGAGGAAGAGGAACACAUUGGCUAUGACAUAUCAGGAAAGAAGAUAAAAAAACAACCCCGAAAGGAUAAACUCGAUGCAUUUUUAGCAGAUACUGAUGAUUCAAAGAACUGGCGAAGAAUAUAUGAUGAAUACAAUGAUGAAGAAGUGGAACUGACAAAAGAAGAGACUAAGAUUAUACAGAGCUUGUUAAGAGGAAAGACUCCACAUGGUGAUGCCAAUCCUUAUGAGCCUUCUGUUGACUGGUUUGAUUGGGAAGGAAAAGGGCAUCCAUUAUCUAAUGCUCCAGAGCCAAAGCGACGUUUUAUACCAUCAAAAUCGGAACAUAAGAAGGUGGUUAGCCUUGCUAGAGCAAUCAGGAAAGGAUUAAUAAAAUUUAGCAAUCUAACAGAGGAAAAUGAUCAGAGUUAUUUAAUGUGGGGUGAUGAUUCUAGUCCUAAUGAUAAUGCAGAAAAGGGUUCAAUCUAUUUCCCACCACCAAAACCAAAAGUGCCUGGGCAUGAAACGUCAUUUCGUCCUUCUGUUGAGUUUAUUCCUACACAGGAAGAGAUAAAUUCUUAUGAGCUCAUGUUUGAGGAGGACCGUCCAAAAUUUAUUCCAAGAGGAUAUGAGUUCCUUAGAGAGGUUCCUGCUUACAUGAAUCUCAAAGACUGUUUUGAACGCUGUCUUGACCUUUACUUGUGCCCAAGGACUCGAAAAAAGAAGCUUAACAUUGAUCCUGAAGAUUUAAAGCCUAAGCUUCCAAACAAGAAAAACCUGCAGCCAUACCCGACAACUUGUUUUCUGGAGUACAAGGGCCAUACAGGGCCUGUUACAUCAAUUUCUAUUGAAUCAUCUGGUCAAUUGAUUGCUUCUGGUUCAAUUGAUGGAACUGUGCGUAUCUGGGAGAUUGAAACCAGUAGAUGUCUGAGAGACUGGAGAUUUGAUGAGCCAAUCCUGCAUGUUGCAUGGAAUCCAAUUUCUGAACUUCCUAUCUUGGCUGUUGCUGUGGGACAAGAUGUGGUUCUUUUGAAUGCAAGUCUUGGAAAUGCUGAGGAUGAAGAAAAGGUUAAAGACCUUCUGCAUGUUUCAGCACCAGUUGAGACAGAUGAAUCAAGUAAUAAAGUUUCUCCUGUGACCUGGGCUCAACAUGGUACACAUGAUGGCAUCAAGUUAAAACACUUCAAAGCUGUGUCAUCAGUUGAAUGGCAUCGGAAAGGUGACUACUUCACAACAGUUGUACCAGAUGGGGACUCCAGAUCAAUACUUAUACAUCAGCUGUCAAAGAAACUAACACAUAAUCCAUUCAAGAAGUUGCACGGAAUUGCUGUUUCAGCUGUUUUCCACCCUUCUCGUUCAACCUUCUUUAUUGCUACUCGGAAGAAUGUACGUGUAUAUGAUCUUGUGAAACAUACACUUAUUAAAAAGCUUGAGACUCGUCUUCGAGAAGUGUCAUCUAUUGCAAUCCAUCCUGCAGGUGACAAUGUAAUAGUUGGGAGCAAAGACGGAAAACUCUGUUGGUUUGACAUGGACCUCUCAUCUCGGCCUUACAGAACUCUGACCCUGGGGAAUAAAUCCAAGGACAUUAAUCAUGUUGCCUUCCAUCGUUCAUAUCCACUGUUUGCUUCAUGUUCGGAUGACUGCUUAGCGUCUGUCUUUCACGGAAUGGUGUAUUCAGAUCUUAAUGAGAAUCCUUGCAUUAUGGCGCUUGAGACUCUAACGGGACAUCAAAGUGCAAAUGGCAGAGGAGUCCUGGAUUGCAAAUUCCACCCUAGGCAGCCUUGGCUGUUCACAGCUGGUGCUGAUUCAAUAAUUAAGCUGUUUUGUCACUAAUCUAUAAUUUUACAACGAGAAUGCACAUCAUCAACUGCAGCUCUGGAAAUAGAACACACCACUGGAAAUUUUUGGAUUGUGUACAUAUGAAGAGUCUUGGCAGCUUCUCUCCGCACCUUGGCUGGUUAUCUAUGCUGGUUAAUUUACCUGUAUGCUAAAAGAACCAUAGAGGAUGAUUGGGAACAGAUGGGCAGUCAUGUUGAUAACCUUAGGUAGUGGUUAUCACGGAUAGUAUGCAAAGCUUUAUCAGACCUCUCGAAGCCCAUCCAAUGAGGAAAGGUGCAUUGAGAAAUUAGGUAAGUGGGCAGAUCAUCAACAUUUUCUCAAAUUAAUGGCCAUCGUUAUUUUUAUAUACCGCAGAAUGCUAGUGGUUCUCUGAUCUCUUAUUGAUAGGGAAGUGUAUGCUUUUCCUACUCCUUGGUGCUUCUGUUCUUUUGUACCUUUAUGGACAAGUCUCUAGUGUUUAUUUUUUGAAACACGAAAUUUUGUUUAAGGUUAAAAAGAAAAACUCCAUCUCUCUCUC